AUGAGGCAGAGAUUGUCCGGGCUCCCUGGUUGUCCCCCAGGCAUGGCUGACCCGGCCUUGGCCCCUCAGCAACCACCCAAGGAAAGCACAGAAAAUUUUUCUAAGUCCCCCUCACCCCCAAGUGCUUUCAGGAGGGGUACCAGGCCAAGACGGAUUUUGUCCAGGAUCCCUGGUUCUACUGUAGGCACAGCAGAAUCCCCAAAAACAAUCAGUGGCCCCUUAGGACUUCCGCUUGGCCUCCCAGGACGCCUGAUGGCAGCCAAACUAGUAAUAUACAGAAACAUAUCGGCUGCGACCAAACUUCCAAGAAGAGUACCGGGACGCUCUUCAGACUUAGCAGAACAAGGUCAAGGGGAUGAGACUGACAAUGAAGUUAUUAUUCAACCAAGAUGGAGCAUGAAUAGAGACAACUUAGAAGACACCUUGCCAUUAUGUCAUAGUUCACCAAGAGAGGAAUCUAAGCCUGACCAACAAAAGAUUUCAGUCCCAAUUAGUGAAAAGCAAUUAGACAAAUGCACCACAGAAACAUCCACAAGUUCAUCAUCCCUGACUGGGUCACAGUGCUACAGCAACUACGUAGACUUUUAUUCACCCAUUGUCAUUGAGGACAAGGAAAACUCCUCUGAAGAAGAGUCUGAAAACAUAGUAAGUAUUAAAGAUCCAUCAGUUGAUGUGAAAGCAAUUUUGUCUGAUCUGGCCAUGCAAAUACUACCUAAUAAAGUUUCAAAAUUCAAUAUAAACAGAGGAGAUCUUUGGGAAGGAGCCCUGCGUGGAUUUAAGAGACAGUCCUAUGAUCCGACUUACACAAUGCUGGUGAAAUUUACAGAUGAUUACGGUGUAAAUGAAGAUGGAAUUGAUGCCGGUGGCCCAAAAAAGGGAAUUUCUACAGUUGUUGAUGUGUCACAUAAAAUGACACAGUUUACUUGA